UCCUCAGAGUCUCGGCAUCAGUUUUACUCCGAUAUGUCGUGUCCCGUGUGUCUUCAGCAGGCCAUUCUGCCCGUCGAGACCAACUGCGGACACCUGUUCUGCGGCUCCUGCAUUAUUGCGUACUGGCGCUACGGGACGUGGCUGGGUGCCAUCAGCUGCCCCAUCUGUAGACAGAUGGUGACGCUGCUCUUCCCGCUCUUCCAGGACUCUGAGCAGAGCGCGGCGGCGGCAGCGGACGCACAGGUUGAGCCCACACUGAUCCUCACCGACAUCAGUGACUACAACCGUAGAUUCUCUGGACAGCCACGCUCCCUGCUGGACCGGUUGCGGGACGUCCCCACACUGCUCCGGCAUGCGUUCAGAGAGAUGUUCUCGGUGGGUGGUCUGUUCUGGAUGUUCCGUGUGCGCAUCCUGCUGUGUGUGUGCGGCGCGCUGGCGUACCUGGCGUCCCCGCUGGACUUCCUGCCCGAGGGUGCGCUGGGGCUGCUGGGGUUCCUGGACGACUUCUUCGUCAUCCUGCUGCUCUUCAUAUACAUCUCCAUCAUGUACCGCGAGGUGGUCACGCAGCGGCUGGCCGGAUGAGUGAGUGUGUGUUUGAGUGAGUUAGUGUAUGAGAGUGUGUGUGUGUCUGUGUGUGCGCGAGUGAAUUAGUUUAUGUGUGAGUGUGUGUGCGUGAUUGUGUGUCUGACUCGAGAGGAGGAGCUCAGUGUCCAGCAUGAGGACUUCUACAGAACUUCUACACUACUGGACUAAUGAGUGUGUGUGUGCACAGACAUAUUUAAGCAUGUACACACAUAUACACAUACUUAUAAAAGCACACACUACAUUCACAAACACUCACUCAUAUAUAUAUAUAUAUAUAUAUAUAUAUAAGCAUAUACACACAGACACACACCAUUCUUCUGUGGACGCCUACUCAAACACACACACACACACACACACACACUCCUGAUGUCUGCAGUACAGUCAGCUUCUGUAAAACAGCAUUAAACUGAAGAGUUCCUGAA